AUGCAGAUAUUCGUCCUUCUAUUUCGUUUUUUCGACACAAGGGGAUCCCCGAAACACCCACCCGGAACUAAUCACUUUAACCCAUAUUCUACCAUAUUCAAACCUCGUGAACGUAUAGGGGUCGUCGCUAGUGACACUGGCUUACUUGCUAUGGUCUUCUUAUUGUGCUUGUGGUCACGGAAUGUCAAAUUCAGACAGUUUUCGAAACUUUACCUUUUCCCGUGGCUGCUCACUAACCACUGGAUCGUUAUGCUCACCUAUCUACAUCACACUGAUCCAACAGUUCCUUACUACCGUCGGGGUGCAUGGACGUUUUUACGUGGUACUCUUGCAUCACAAAAAACCGGGGAAUAG